AUGACCAUGUCAACCAUCACCUCUACUCGCAAUAUACUCGACGCGGUCGGGAAAACACCAUGCGUCGAGCUGCACCACGUGGUUCCAGAUGGCUGCGCCCGUGUUUUUGUCAAGCUGGAGGGCUUGAAUCCCACAGGCUCCUAUAAAGACCGCAUGGCCCGUUCUGUGAUCGAAGAAGCUGAACGACGAGGUGAUCUGAGACCCGGGAUGACUGUGGUUGAAGCCACCGGCAGCAGUACUGGGUCUUCACUUGCCUUUGUGUGUGCAAUCAAAGGGUACAGUUUCCUUGUUGUAUCAUCCGACGCGUUCGCAGAGGAAAAGUUGAAGACGAUGUCCGCGUUUGGAGCGACGGUAGAUAUCGUCCACAGCCCAAGCGGGAAGAUCACGCCUGAAUUGAUUCCGGUUAUGCGUGACCGGGCGAAGGAACUCUCCCAGGGGGAAGAUUACUAUUACGCAGACCAGUUUAACAAUCCAGAUGUCCUUGUCGGUUACGAAGGGCUAGGUCGUGAGCUUCUGGAGCAAAUUCCGGAGGGCAUUGAUGCAUUCUGCGGUGCAGUGGGUGGUGCAGGAAUGGUCAUGGGCGUGGCCAAAGUCUUGAAAGAAAAUCAACCGCACUGCAGUGUGACUGUCCUGGAACCUGCUUCAGCGCCUGCUAUCACUAAAGGCCACGGCGGCCUACACUCGGUGGAAGGUAUUGGAAUUGGAUUCCUUCCACCGAUCUUGGACAAACAACUAUACGACAGUGCCCUUGCAGUUGAGGAAUCGGAGGCCCGUGCCAUGUCACGGCGCCUGGCAAAGGAAGAGGGCAUUUUGGCUGGGACCUCUACAGGCCUCAAUGUAGUAGCCGGGAUUGAGCUGGCAAAACAACUAGGGCCUGGAAAAGUUGUGGUUACCGUUGCUUGUGACACGGGUCUGAAAUAUGUGCGAGGCAACCUCUACACAGCGGAGUAA